AAAUCCACAGAAGCAUUCCAUCGUCAAUCUAUCCUCGAGAUUAAAGAAUCAUAUAUUCAAAAGCAGUUAAACAUUUUAUCGUUCUUUUCUCUUUUGAAAUAUAAGUUAUAUAGCAGUUUUGGAGCCAAAGAUUGGUCAAUAAUGGAGAUCAAAUCGGUGGCGUGCGAGUGUUGCGGUUUAACGGAAGAUUGUACACAAAACUACAUUAGUAAGGUCAAAGCUAAGUUCGGUGGAAAAUGGCUUUGUGGGCUUUGCUCCGAGGCGGUGAGUGAUGAAUUCAACCGUGACAGGAAGAUGACGACGGUAGAGGAAGCUGUUAACGCCCAUGUGACAUUUUGUAGUAAGUUUAGAGCCAACCCGGCUGAACUCGUCGCCGACGGAAUGAGACAGAUGCUACGUCGGAGGUCCGGUGAGUUGUUGCCGGCGAAGUCCAAGAAGUUUGGAAGAUCUAACACCACGUAGUUGUGUGUAUACACAUCUUUUUCCCUCAUCACUUUCUUCGCUUUUAUAGUGUUGGCUAAUGUACGAUAUAAUAUAAAAUCAUCACCCU